AAUCUCCAUGCUCCAGUUGUGGCAGUCUUUCAUACUACUGUCAUUAUAAAAAACUUGCAAGGAUAUUUUAGGCGAGGACGAAUGGCUAUGUGUGAACAAUCUGUGGUUCAGAUCGCAAAGUUGUAUGCUUCAAAGCAUAAUCUUAUCCCAUCCCGUCCCAUGCAAGGGCCACUCACCACACACUUUCAACCAUAAUUUUCAUCCCAACUCGACUGUAUAAUUACUAGGGGAACUUUGUCUCUCAGCUUUAGUUGCAGCCAUGGCCAGUCACGCAGCUCUUGCUUCCUCAAGAAUCCCAGCCACCACCAAGCUUCCUUCUAAGGCCACUCACGCACUUCCCACUCAAUGCUCCACCAAGGCAAUUUAUAUGAAGAUAAUCUGAAGUUGAGGUUAUUCAGCAGAACGCUAGCAUGAAAGAGAACGAAAGAUAUGAAAAUACUCCCUUGCUUUGGUCAGGCCUCUAUCAAGAUUUCACAGGAAAGUCCUUGCACCCAACAAAGAAGAAGACUAAGGCAGCCAUUGCAGCUAUCUUCUUCUCUCUCUUCGCUUGUGCCUUGGUUUUUUUGGGUUGGUUUCGUUCUUCUAUAUUUUCAGAUAUUUCCCUUGAUAAAGCUGUUUCAAAUGGGAUAAAUUUCAUUAACAAACAAGAAUUCCUUCUUGAGUGCACCUCUGAAAAGGUGACACAGACGUGUCCAACAAACUAUCCAACCUCACACAACCCCAACACCGAUCCUGACCCUUCAUCAAAUUUAACAUGCCCAUCAUACUUUCGAUGGAUCCAUGAAGAUCUACGGCAGUGGAAAGAGACGGGAAUCACCAGGGACAUGAUCGAACGGGCACGUAGGACUGCCGAUUUCAGGCUGGUGAUCAUAAAGGGGAAGGCUUAUGUAGAGAAGUACAAGCAGUCUAUACAGACGAGAGAUAUGUUCAGCUUAUGGGGCAUAUUGCAACUGCUAAGGUUGUACCCCGGGAGAUUGCCGGACUUGGAGAUAAUGUUUGACUGCAAUGACCGGCCUGUCGUCCGAGCUAGAGACUUUCAGGGCCCGAAUGCAGACCCACCGCCUUUGUUUAGAUAUUGUUCGGAUGGGUCCAGUUUGGAUAUUGUGUUUCCGGACUGGUCUUUUUGGGGCUGGGCGGAAACGAAUAUUAGGCCAUGGAGUAAUGUAUUGAAGGACAUAGAAGAAGGCAACAAUAAAAGCAAAUGGAAGGACAGGGAACCCUUUGCUUACUGGAGAGGAAACCCAAACGUCUCCCCAAUCAGGAAAGACCUUAUGACCUGCAAUGUCUCUGAUAAAUAUGACUGGAAUGCUCGCCUAUAUGUUCAGGAUUGGAGCAAAGAAACUAAAGAACAAUUCAAGGAAUCAAAUCUAAAAGAUCAAUGCACCCACAGAUACAAGAUAUACAUAGAGGGAUGGGCAUGGUCAGUAAGUGAGAAAUACAUUCUAGCUUGUGAUGCAAUGACAUUAACUGUAAGACCUCGUUAUCAUGAUUUUUUCUCUAGAGCUAUGGUGCCACAGCAGCAUUACUGGCCCAUUAGGGACAACAGUAAGUGCACAUCUCUUAAAUUUGCAGUGGAAUGGGGCAAUAGCCACAUGGAGAAGGCACAAGCCAUUGGAGAAGCAGGAAGUAAAUUCACACAAGAGGAACUGAAGAUGGGUUAUGUGUAUGAUUACAUGUUUCAUCUGUUAAACGAAUAUGCGAAACUUCUGAAGUUCAAACCUGAAAUCCCUGAAGGAGUAGUUGAGAAAUGUUCAGAAACAGUGGCAUGCCCAACAGAUGGAAAUUGGAGGAAGUUCAUGGAGGAGUCGAUGGUGAAGUCCCCAAGUGAUCAACUUCCAUGUUCAAUGCCUGAGCCUUAUGAUCCUCCAGCUCUGCGAGAUUUUUUCAACACUAAAGUUAAAUUAACAGAGCAAGUGGAGGCCUGGGAGAAUGAAUAUUGGCAGAAGCAGAAACAGAAUGAGAAUCAUGACGAGAAGCAAUAAAUCAAAAUUACUCUCGACUUUCAUAUCUUGUAGUAAUAAUUUGCUGGCUUUAUAAAUGCUGCAUAUUUUUGUAAUCCUUAUACAGCAUGGAUUUUGAAUUUAACAUCCUUCAAAUUCAAGUGGGCAUAUAGAAUUUUAGAAA